AUGGCAUUAUCGUUUUAUGCACUUUUGGAAGCGGCUCUUCUUGUCUUGAACGGAAUUGCCAUUUUGCAUAGAGAACGGUUUUUGAAGAAGGUGAGUGGCUUUUUACUCGAAAAAUUUUGGAAAAAAUUACUAAUUUUAAUUUCUCCUUGUUUUUUUUUGGAUAAAAAUGGUUUCAGAAAUUUCUUUUUGCAAAAUAAAGCGGAAAAUUUCAUAAGUUUCACUCAAAAUCUGAAUUUAGGCUCAGUUUUUAGCUUGCUCAGUUUUUAGCUUUAAAAAUGUGCUAUUUUCGGCCUAUAACCUCUGAAAGACCUGGUUUUUAGGCUGAAAGUCGAUUUUCAACAGGUUUCAAACCUCUAAACCUUCCUCUUUAGCUACACUUUUUAUUGAUUUUCCAGAAUUUUCUAGCAGCUUUUCUUAAAAUUUUGAGAAACUUUCAUCGAUUUUUUAUGAGUAACCUGAAUUUCAAGUUUUCUAGAAAAGUCAAUUUUCCAUUUCACUUGUUGAAACCCUCAACAAUUUCCCUAUUUCCUUCUAGAAAAUCCAGUAAUUCCCCUCUCUUUCCCCCUUUUUCCAUCCACCCAACAAACACCCCAUGACGACCACGCGCUGGCCGAAUAUCCGACAAAUAUUGUUUAUAUUCAUACCUUUUUUCUUUUCUGGAAAGCCUUUUUGUCACUGUUCCAAAUUUAAAUAAACAAGAUGAUAAAGAUUGAUUUCUAGUAUAUUUAGUUCAGAAAUCUUCACUGUUUCAAAUUUUUUAUUAAUAAAUUCCAUAUAAAUAACUAUAAUUUGAAUACUCUUUUCUUUUCUUCCAGAAAAUUCACUGUUUCAAACCUUUAUAAGUUCAACAAAGCUUUAAAGAAAACAAUAAUCUAAUUAUAGCUUCUAUAUUAUAGAUUUUAGUGUGUUAUUUUCUAUUAGAUUCUGUUCAAAAAUCUUCACUGUUUCAAAUUUCAUUGAAUAACUUGAUUUAGAAAGAUAUAAAUGUUAUAUCGCUCAUUAAUUCAUUAUAUUUAACUCAAUAGAAACUUUAUUUUUAUGUUUUCUUAAUUAAGGAAAAAUUUGAAAGUUUCUUAUGAAAAAUUUAAAAAUUCGAUCAAAUUUAUAUAAUGAAAAUGAUAACUGAAAACUUUACUGUUUCAAAUUUUCUUGAAUAACUAGAUUUAGAAAGAUAUAAAUGUUAAGUAAUCCAAAAUACUAUAUGUUUUCUUUGCAGUACGGUCUUGGUGCCCCAUCUCAUUCAUUCGACGGCAGUAAUUCAGUCAAGGAUCAAAUCGUCUCAUUGAUUUUCGCCGUUCAAACGGUUAUGCGAAGUAAGUCACCCUUUCUCUCUCCAUCCAUCAAACAACACUCCGCUUUUACAGUGCCAUUAAUCGCAAUCAAUAUUGUUGUGAUUGUCUUCAAAUUGAUUCUUGGUUAA